AUGGUCAAUUCCCAGUGGUCAAAACUUAAGUAGCCAAUUAUUUAAUUUAAAAAUAACUUCAACGUUUUAUCACUAUUUUUAAAUGAUUUAACAUUUUCUUAUGAGUGUGUGCGGGUUUAUUAUAGUUUGAAUAUUUUAUAGAAAAGUUAAUGUAUCUUGAAUUGCCGCUGAAUAUAAUAUUGAUGAUCUUAUGCGAUAUAAUAAUCUUUUUUUUUCUAUCUGGAAAUAUAUUGGUGAAAGGCGGGAUAUUAAGGACCACCUCUUCCUAAUGUGGCCAGUUGAUUGCAGUAGUGCAUGGUGGGGAGAGCUGGCCAGAUUGUCCAGUGUUGUCAGGAUGAGAGGCAGUACAGCAGGAAUAACUGACGGUCUUCGGGGUAUCUCAAACAGUUACUAUUUAUUUAUAACGUUCCUCGACAGUUUGUUAGCUGCGCUUGUGAUAUCUCCAUUGGUCGUGAGCUACUGGCGAGGGACAUGGGAGCUCAUGGGUUACUACGUGUAUCCUCAAGAUAUGAAAAAAAGCAGUCUUGUAUCCUUGCUUAUCGGACUAGGCGGUAUCAUGUUAUUUACAAUGACUCAGAAAUUUUAUCCAAAGAUGCUGAAUCCAAACAAACAUAGAAUUUUAUACUAUGUAAUAUCCAGAGUGUAUACAGCUUGUUUCGGUUUUGCGUGUAUCAAUUCAUGGAGGGGUGGUUGGGUAGCUCUCGAUGCCUAUACUUCGACAGAACCUCGUUCCGUAAUUUUUAUCACAUGUGCCUCAAUCAUCAUUCUUAUUAUGACAAAGACAAUACGGAACAUUUCAGCCCCGCCGUUUGCUAUUGUCACCGACAGAUAUGAAGGCUACUUUGAUGUGCCUACGCAUUUCAAAACAAGCACCGGAAAUUUUUGGUUCUACCUGCUCGACUGUGUUUUUUCCGUUUGUAUAAUUGGAAUGUUAGUCGUGUUUGUAUGGCGUGGAUGUUGGACACUUUUGGACAUAUUUCUGUGCCCGGAUAACAUGGUGUUGUCAACAUGGAUGUCUCUUGGCAUUGGCUACACGAUCGUAGGGAUCACGUUCGCCCUCCAGCCUCCUAUGAAGUACUUGGCCAACGAACUCUCCGGUAUCUCCAGGAUGCUCAUAGUCGAUACCUACCUCCUCUUCUCCUUCUGUGGGACGGUUAACGUCUGGAGAGGGGUCUGGAAAUUCCAGGAUAUUUAUUUCUUCCCAGAAAAUCCAGCGUUGAGCUAUGCUUUGAGUCAUUUCGUCCCAUUCUUACUCCUGGUACUCAUCAACUCCUCCAACUCCAUCCUUGUUCGUGGAGUUUACAUCGACGGGGAGGAAGCUGGUGCACAGUGCGUUGACUUCCCCUGCUACUAUCUCAGGCUUAUCUUCCAGUCAAAGAGGAAGGAAAAGAUUAUAAGAGAAGCUGAAAAGAUGAAAGGAGCUGAAAAGGUCGAACAAAGACUCAGCGAAGGAGAAGUUCUGAUCCAGGUCGGAGUCAAUCCGAAUGAGCCUAGUUGGAAAAAUAAAAGUAUUAAUAACUUCUGUUCUCCUGAAGUGAACCAACAUUGAAUCUCAAACUCCGAGCAACGGUUAUUUAAGCUAGGCAUUAAUGUCGAACUUAAGAAAUUUAAAGUGUGUAGAUGGUUGUUUCAUGAAGAAGAGAUAAGAUCAAAAUCAGCCUAAGAUGACUUAUUUCUCUAUUUACACGCACAGUUUGGUAAAUUAAUAUGAACAGGAUAUCUUACAUACGAGAGAAUACUCUUUGAAAAUAUUGUAAACAAUCUAGUCGAGUGUUUAAAAAUAAAGAAAAAUCGUUCCUUUAAAAUUUUUACUAAAAGUGAAAUCUUCUAAUAAUAGAUACUUAUGAUGAGUGACCAUUAUUAAGACAAAUAAAAAGUAAAAUAAGAGUUGAACUGAAAUUGGGAUAUAGUUGAUAUAUAAAAUUACAAAUAUAUAAAAAUUUAUAAUAUUUUUUAUGAAGUAUGUAUUGCAAGUUUAAAAAUAUAAUGUUUUUAGCUGGUUUCAGAAAUAGAAAUAUUUUAAAUUAAACUUUAAACUUUAGAGAAUGCUAUGAGGAUUGGAAAACAAAGAAAAUUGCAGUAAUAAUAACAACGAUAAAUUAGCAUGUAUCAGUUAUGAAUCCUUGAUUGAAGAUAUCGGCUGAUGUGACUGUAGACAAAGUUGAAAAAUUGUCUUCUGAUUUAAGUGUUCAUUAAUGGAAGUUUCACUGUAUAUUUAAUUCUUACUGAAACUCUCUUAAGUGCUUAAUUUUACUCUCGAUUCAUGAUAUUAUUGUAGUGACUAAUUUAUUAUUAUUUCCUGUAAAAAAAAAUUGCUUACUCAUACACAUAUAUAUUACAUCUAUAUUAUUACAACUAUAAAUUUUAAGUGUAUAUAACUAUAGUUUAUUAUAAUAUAUCUUUCAUUGUGAACAGAUUAUCAAAUCAAGAGACUAAAAUUUUAAAAACAUUUACAUAAUAAUAUUAUUGUUUUCAACACUAUGCUCUGAAAGGCUUUAAGGAAAUAAAUUACAACUUUUAAUAUUACUAAGAAAGUUUCUUUGAUUUUAUUUAUUUUUAUUUUUAUUCCUAAGUGUUGUAUAUGUAUAUAAUUUAUGGAUGAAAAGAAAUCCUGUUAUAUUGUAUAUUU